AACACUCUGUCCCUGGGGCAGGUGGCAAACACUACACCGUCCGGUCAAACAGCACCGCCUGCCCCCAAUGACACACUUUCUUCUCAGCCCACUCAGAGUAUGGACUGCAUGGAGAGGUGCUGUGUGCGAAUAGACAAUCAUCUCUUGAUUUCCAAGGUCUUCUACUUCUUCUUUUACUCCGCCUAUGGCUCUUUACACCCCUUGCUUGCCGUGUACUACAAGCAGCUGGGAAUGACACCCAGCCAAAGUGGCCUGCUAGUUGGGAUCCGUUAUUUUAUUGAGUUUUGCAGUGCGCCUUUCUGGGGAGUAGUGGCGGACCGCUUCAAGAAAGGAAAGGCGGUGUUGCUAUUUUCUGUACUCUGCUGGGUGAUCUUUAACUGCGGAAUUGGCUUCGUCAAGCCAGCUGCUAUGACCUGUGUCAGUAAGGACCCUACUGUUGAGGCACCAAACAAUUUUACAAACGAUACGCAAACUGGUAACCGUACCAGACAACGAAGAUACUUGAUUGAGGAUAUGUACUCUGCUCCUCGACUUUCUCAGCCAAUAUUAGCAGCAUAUGGACCUCACUCUAGAUCCAUUCGAAGUGCAAAUGUAAAUACCACAGGCACUCCCUCUGGAAACUCCACUGAGAAUCCUGUUGGCAUUUCGAUGCCUUCUAACUCGACAACAGUGUCGCCCCGUACCUCGACACUUACGUCAAAAUCUACCUCGACAACUGAAACACAAGCUACCACUGCCAAACUCAAAGAGAAUAUCAUAGUCUUUAAUAAGGAGCAAGUAGAUACUAUAUUUCUCUUGAUCCUCUUGGUCAUUAUUAUUGGUGAGUUCUUCAGCGCCCCAGCUGUGACCAUUGUGGACACUGUCACUCUUCAGUACUUGGGCCAACAUAGAGAUCAUUAUGGACUCCAGAGAAUGUGGGGAUCUCUGGGAUGGGGUGUCGCUAUGCUGUCAGUAGGCAUCUGGAUCGACCACACACACAUCACAAUCUUCAUCCAGGGUUCGGGUUGUGACCAGCCCGAUUACAAAAACUACCAAAUUGCAUUCAUAGCUUUUGGAGUCCUGAUGACCGCAGCACUUAUUGUGGCAACGCAGUUCCACUUUGACAACAGGGUUUAUCGGUCAGAUGAAGAAGAGUACAAGAAGGAGGAUGUGGAAAUACCUCAAGUCCCUCCAGAGUCCAGUUCAGAUGAUGCACCGGUGUGCUCAGAAAGCAACCCACAACCUUUUCCCUUCAGAGAUCUCUUCCGGAUCAUUUGUGGUGUUCGCUAUGGUACGGUUCUCUUUGUGGCCUGGUUCAUGGGGUUUGGUUACGGUUUCGUGUUCACCUUCCUCUACUGGCAUCUGGAGGACCUGAAGGGAACCCCCACUCUCUUUGGCAUCUGCUCGGUGCUCAGCCAUGUGUCUGAGCUGGCUGCUUAUUUCAUCAGCCACAAACUCAUUGAGCUUGUUGGACACAUCAG